GGCGAUGGAAACACGUCAUUUCUACGUGCUGCCAGAGCUGGUAAUCUAGAACGAGUUUUGGAACAUUUAAAAAAUAAUAUUGACAUUAACACCAGCAACACUAAUGGCUUGAAUGCACUGCAUUUGGCUUCGAAGGAUGGACACACGCAUGUCGUUUCCGAGCUGUUAAAGCGUGGCGCUAUUGUGGAUAGUGCAACAAAGAAGGGCAACACCGCACUACAUAUUGCUUCGCUUGCCGGGCAGGAGGAGGUGGUGAAACUGUUGCUGGAACAUAAUGCCGCCGUGAAUGUACAGUCGCAGAAUGGCUUUACACCACUCUAUAUGGCAGCGCAGGAGAACCACGAUUCUGUUGUGAAGCUGCUAUUGGCCAACGGCGCCAAUCAAAGCUUGGCUACCGAGGAUGGGUUCACGCCGCUGGCAGUGGCCAUGCAGCAAGGACACGACAAAGUCGUCGCCGUGCUCUUGGAGAGCGAUACACGCGGUAAGGUGCGUUUGCCUGCAUUGCAUAUUGCGGCUAAGAAAGACGAUGUGAAGGCCGCCACACUACUUCUAGAUAACGACCACAAUCCUGACGUGACUUCCAAAUCUGGCUUUACACCGUUGCACAUUGCUUCCCACUAUGGCAAUCAAGCCAUCGCCACCUUACUCAUACAAAAGGGUGCCGACGUCAAUUUCGCCGCUAAGCACAAUAUCAGUCCGUUGCAUGUUGCCGCAAAAUGGGGUAAAACAAACAUGGUUUCCUUGCUGUUGGAGAAAGGUGCUAAUAUAGAGGCCAAAACACGCGAUGGUUUAACCCCGUUGCAUUGUGCGGCUCGUUCCGGUCACGAGCAAGUUGUCGACAUGCUAUUGGAGCGCGGCGCCCCGAUUAGCGCUAAAACGAAGAACGGUCUCGCACCGCUGCAUAUGGCCGCGCAGGGUGAGCAUGUAGAUGCCGCACGCAUUUUACUCUACCAUCGCGCACCCGUUGAUGAAGUCACCGUGGACUAUUUGACGGCGCUACAUGUGGCAGCGCAUUGCGGGCAUGUGCGUGUCGCUAAGCUUUUGCUUGAUCGCAAUGCCGACGCCAAUGCACGUGCGCUCAACGGUUUCACGCCGCUGCACAUUGCCUGCAAGAAGAAUCGCAUAAAGGUCGUCGAGUUGCUGCUGCGCCACGGCGCUAGCAUUAGUGCCACAACGGAGAGCGGCUUGACGCCGCUGCACGUAGCGGCUUUUAUGGGCUGCAUGAACAUUGUCAUCUACUUGCUGCAACAUGACGCCAGUCCAGAUGUGCCGACCGUGCGCGGGGAGACCCCACUACACUUGGCCGCACGUGCAAAUCAGACUGAUAUUAUACGCAUUUUGCUGCGCAAUGGUGCUCAAGUGGAUGCACGUGCACGUGAACAGCAAACGCCGUUGCACAUCGCCUCGCGUCUCGGUAACGUAGAUAUUGUCAUGCUAUUGCUGCAGCAUGGCGCUCAGGUGGAUGCCACCACCAAAGAUAUGUACACUGCUUUGCAUAUUGCGGCCAAAGAAGGUCAGGAUGAGGUCGCUGCCGUUUUAAUCGAAAAUGGCGCAGCCUUGGAUGCUGCCACGAAAAAGGGCUUUACACCAUUGCAUUUGACAGCCAAAUAUGGACACAUCAAGGUUGCUCAAUUGUUGUUGCAAAAGGAGGCAGAUGUGGACGCACAGGGAAAGAACGGUGUUACACCUUUGCAUGUGGCCUGUCACUAUGAUAAUCAGAAGGUCGCUCUUUUGCUGCUGGAGAAAGGUGCCAGCCCGCAUGCUAUAGCUAAAAACGGGCAUACACCGUUACAUAUUGCGGCACGUAAAAAUCAAAUGGACAUUGCUACAACGCUUUUGGAGUACGGCGCACAGGCAAAUGCCGAGAGCAAAGCCGGUUUCACACCAUUGCAUUUGAGUUGUCAGGAGGGGCACGCUGAGAUAUCGAACUUGCUAAUCGAGCAUAAGGCCGGUGUAAAUCAUCCUGCCAAGAAUGGUCUAACACCAAUGCAUUUGUGUGCCCAAGAAGACAACGUGAAUGUUGCUGAAAUCUUGCAACGCAACGGCGCCAACAUCGACAUGGCCACUAAAGCCGGCUAUACACCACUGCAUGUGGCCGCACAUUUCGGUCAGGCAAAUAUGGUGCGCUUUUUGUUGCAUCACGGCGCCAAUGUAGACGCGGCCACAUCUAUCGGUUAUACACCAUUACAUCAAACUGCUCAGCAAGGACAUUGCCACAUCGUUAAUCUGCUUUUGGAGCAUAAGGCGAAUGCCAACGCUCAGACGGUUAAUGGACAGACCCCGUUACACAUUGCACGCAAACUGGGUUACAUAAGCGUUUUGGAUUCGUUGAAGUCGAUCACAAAUGAUCCGGAUGCGGCAGCACAAACUCAAACUGACGAGAAGUAUCGUGUCGUUGCACCGGAGGCAAUGCAUGAAUCAUUUAUGUCCGAUUCGGAAGAAGAAGGCGGUGACACAAACGAUUGGGAUCCUUGUUAUGGCAUUAAGGGUGAUCAAAAUACGAAUGAAGACCACGUUUACCUUCCAUAUUACCAGGGCGAAGCAUUCUUUAUGUCUAGCGAAGAUAAUAUGUUAUCCGAUCAGCCUUACCGUUAUUUGACAGUUGAUGAAAUGAAAUCCUUAGGCGAUGAUUCCUUGCCAAUCGAUGUUACACGUGAUGAACGCAUCGACUCCAAUCGCAUGAUGACCCACAGUGCUGAGUAUGCUGGUGGAGUCGGAGGCCCAUCGCAACCGCAGGCCAUCGCAGAAGAGCUUAUAAGCCCACACAAGGCUCAAGUACAUGGCAUUGGGAAAUCAUAUGUGGACGGCAUUUAUAUGGGUAAUGGUCUCAACGAGGAACAAAAGUAUAUGAGCCGAAAACUUUCCUGGAAAAGUUUCCUUGUAUCGUUUCUGGUGGAUGCUCGCGGUGGUGCCAUGCGUGGCUGCCGUCACAGUGGCGUACGCAUGAUUAUACCUUCGCGCUCCACUUGCCAGCCAACGCGUGUGACUUGCCGUUAUGUCAAACCGCAGCGCACCAUGCAUCCACCCCAGCUAAUGGAGGGCGAAGCUUUAGCCAGUCGCGUGUUGGAGCUGGGUCCGGUGUCCACCAAGUUUAUCGGUCCCGUUAUCAUGGAAGUACCACAUUUUGCUUCGCUCCGUGGCAAAGAACGCGAAAUUAUAAUUUUGCGCUCCGAUAAUGGCGAAACUUGGCGGGAGCACACCGUCGACAAUUCGGAAGAAAUCAUGCAUGAUGUGCUGCAACAAUGUUUCGAACCCGAAGAAAUCGCACAACUUGAGGAGCAAGGUGGCAAUCAUGUCUGUCGAUUUGUUACCUAUGACUUUCCACAAUACUUCGCUGUGGUCUCGCGUAUACGCCAAGAGGUGCAUGCCAUCGGACCCGAGGGAGGCAUGGUAUCCAGUACAGUGGUGCCACAAGUGCAAGCUGUUUUCCCGCAAGGUGCACUCACCAAAAAGAUCAAAGUGGGCUUGCAGGUAAAUCUCUUUAAACCACGCAAAGGUGUUGCACCAGAAAAAUUGCGCAAAAUCAGCGUUAAUCAUGUUCCAAAGAAGAAGCGUUUCUCACUUAUUUGGUAAACUGCAUAUGUAAUAGAAUUAUUACUAGCUAUACGCAAAACGCUUACGCAUAUACAUAUGUAUAAGCAAGAAUAUAUAUUCAACAUAAAAAAACUUUAAAAAUUAGCAUAAAAAUAGAACAACAUAACGUUACAGUUAAAUAUAUAUCAAUUAUUCUUAUGAUCAUUUAUAAUAUCAUAAAACAUAAUCAAAAUGCAUUUAUAUUAUGGAGAAUACAUAACCCAAACUACCAUAGUGGUGAACGAUUUGGACCUAAACUUAAGAUAUGGUUAUGCGCCAUAAUGUCAGCAUCCAACAGAAUGUAGUGCAGUUAGUAUGUUUUGGAGUUAUUGUUACUUUAUAAAAAAAACCUUCGGUUUACCGAAUGAUUGCUAUUUUGCGUAAUCUGAAGGGAUAUUUUUCAGAAUAAGUCACUUAUAUUGCAAGAAGUAAAUAAUUAAUUCUUCGUAAAUCAACUAUUUGUGGUCUACUUUCUGCAAAUUAAGUUAGCGAUGAACUCGGAAUUCAGUAUGUACCAGCUGGUCUAUCACUUCAAACUAGCCUAAAUAUAGCUUAGUAGAUAUUACUUAUCGCUCUUAUGAGUCAAGAAGAUUGCUAACAAUUUGAUUUCAAAUAGGCGAGAAUUUACAAUUUAUAAUUUUAGUUAGAAAAAGUGCACGUUAUAAAGAUAAAUAAAUGCAGCGCAACGAUAAUAUUCAAAUAAAAAGAGCAUAGUUUACAAAAAUGGUCCAUAUGGUGAAAUAACUGAAAAUCAAAUAGAAAAAGUGGCUGGUAAACUAAGGUGAAAUGAAAUUGAAUGGAAUUAUUAAUCAACAGGCGAAGCAAAAUCAUUCAUAGCGAAGAGGCACAGUUUUGCGAAUCUUUGCUAUAAGAUUAUCAAAAUGCUAAACGGAUUAUAAAUUUUUCUGAUAUUGAUUUAAAAGUCCAAUUUUGAUUAUAUGCUACCAUAUUUAUAAAGCUAUACUCUCCUCCAUAACAUCUUUCCUUUAUAAAUUAUCAAGUAAAAAUUUGUGAGAUGAAAUAUUUGAAAGAAAGCAAUGCAAUUUAUUAUCCACAGGCUAGAAAUAAAACAUGGAAUAAUAUUUAAAUACAUAAAUCUAAAAUAUAAAAAAAUGGUCUAAUCGAAUAAGUAAAGUCUACUAUGUAUUAACAAACGCACUAUUACAUUUAGAAAAUUUAGACUCGUUUGAGUAAUAUUUGUAUUUGUUCUAUCCUAUUCAACAUACAAUAUGUAUGUUUGUGUAUGGACGUAUAUAUGUAUGUAUCACUUGUAUGUUCUAUACCUUACAUUAAUUAGUCAUUACUCAAUAUAUCUAACUAUAAUUAAAGUUAAACUUAAUGGACAAAUCAAAAAUACCCAAUAAAUUUAGUUUCAAUAUAAACUUUAAAACAAAAUGUUUUUUUUUUGUUGUUGGUGUGCAUUUACUUAAACGUUUUACACUUCUAAGAAGUGGUACACAGCAAGCGUGCGGUGCAAUAAUAAGAUGCAAUGCCUCUAAAAUGUCACAACACAAAUUCACACAGUAAAUAGUUUAUGCAAUUGGGUCUGGAUUAGUGUGCCUCGAAUGUGCCAAAGCAACUUACAAAUAAUAUAACGCAUAUAAUCGUAUACAAAAUGAUUUUUCAACGGCCCUUAAGAAGAUAAUUAUUAUUAUAAUUAGAAUAACUUAACAAAUAGAAGUAAAAGGUUCAUUAACAAUGUAGUUUUUAAAGUUUAUUUGAUAACUAAAUUUAUUGGGAAGCUAAUGGGCCUGAACAUUUGUAAUACCACAAGUCGCUGAUGCAUGUAAUAGACAACACCACAUUAUAUUAAACAAGUGAGAGCUUUACAUACUUAUGUACAUAUGAGGUACGCUUCCAUGUGUGUAUAUAGGAAAAUGUUCAGCAAUUAGCUCAGAAGCCCAAACAGCUUCUAUUAUUUCAUAUAAACACAUAAAAUUCAAUGGAAAUAUAAUAUAAUCUAUAAGUAACGUAAAUCACAAAAUUUUUGUACAAUUUCGUUCUAAAUUCUAUAAAUUAUCUUUAGUUAAGCAAAUGCAUACCUUUGUCGCUUCAAUACGCUCUACUUGCUUUGUGCUUCUUUUCGCAACACUUGUAUUUUAGUCUUAAGUGGCCAUUUUCAUGUUGAAAUAAUCAUUUGUAUAUAGUACAUACAUAUAAGAACAGAACGCUAAGUUAGCGAA